AUGGAAAUCGAUGACAUGGCAAAUUACGGGAACGAAAAUGAAUACCCUUUUUCAACCCUUCUCAAGAUCGUUCACCAGCUGGGCCAGUUUUCGUCUUUCUCUUCGGUGAAGUCUAAGCGUCAUACACCGCGUGCUUGUCCGCACUCAUCACGCGUGGGCCACCAAUCCAAUGGGAUUGUCGGGCUAAACAAUGUUUGCAUCCAAGCCAUCCUCAUUGAUUCGACUACAAGUGAGUCCCCGCAGCUGUUAAAGAUAUCCAUCCGUACUACUCCAGACGGCGUCAGCCCAUUGUGGCUUGGGCUACCACAACCAGAAGAGUACAAGGCCACGGCAAAGCAUACAAAGGACUACUGGGCUGUCCUUACCAUUGCUUCAAAAUAUGCUGCGGACAACCAGUUGACAUCUCCACAAUUGUUUCAUAUUGUCCUGAAAAAAGGUGGUGAGGACGCCAGAACAUUUCAUCAUGCACCCGCCGAAGCGGAAGAGCUGAUAUUGUGGGGCUGGGGCAAGUGCGGCGGGUCGCUACCGAGGGGUCCGUGCGUGUUCGGCUCAACGUUCUCAACUUUCCACGGAGGACGGAUGCCAAAGGUCCUUGAAGGCUUGGAACGAUAUCAGUGCCUCGGCGCGGAGCGCAGGAUGGCUAGCAGGAUGGAAGUUGGAAUGCAGUGCACGACGGACAACACUGAGCAGCUCGGCCACCACACCGGGCGCUUUGCUUUGCUUCAUGGUUCUCGGGUCACAUUCCGCCUGAAGCAGCGGCAGUUGUCCCCCGAAACCCCCAAUCCCCAGGUCCUUAUGUACCGCGGUCUCCUCAUGCCUGUGCACACCCGCCGCCGCUACAUCAUGGAAUUGUUGUAG